ACCAAUCAUGUCAAACCUCUUUGAAGAUUGCCAUAACAUCAUCGAUUGGGGCCAUUAUUAUGAAAACUGUUUGUAUGAUUGUUGUCAGUGUGAUGCAGAUAGAAAAGAUAGGUGUUCUUGUGACGGAAUUUCUGCUUAUGCUAGAGAGUGUUCAUAUAAUGGGAUUUGCAUCGAGUGGAGAUCUGAAGAUGUAUGCCCAUUUGAGUGUCCAGAAGAUAUGUACUACACCGAAUGUGGUCCUGCUUGUAACAUUACAUUGAGUAACUGCAAUGAAAACAAAGAAUGUGAUUUAUUACCGGCACCUGGGUGUUUUUGCCAUGAUGAUUUUGUGAAAACUGGCGACGAGUGCUUACCCUGUCCAGUGCCGACAACAACAUCUCAACCAACAUCUACCAUACAGACAACAUUACGACCAAAAACCACAGAAGGUCCAACAGAUGAGAGUGGAAGUGGUAGUGGGGAAGAAACAACAGUUGAAUAUACAACAAGGCCAACCACAGCGGAACCAACAACUUCUAGGCCCGUAACUACAAUAAGUACUGAAGGCCCUACAGAUGAGAGUGGUAGUGGGGAAGAAACAACAGUUGAAUAUACAACAAGGCCAACCACAUCGGAACCAACAACUUCUAGGCCAGUAACUACAAUAAUUACUGAAGGCCCCACAGAUGAGAGUGGUAGUGGGGAAGAAACAACAGUUGAAUAUACAACAAGGCCAACCACAGCGGAACCAACAACUUCUAGGCCAGUAACUACAAUAAGUACUGAAGGCCCCACAGAUGAGAGUGGUAGUGGGAAAGAAACAACAGUUGAAUAUACAACAAGGCCAACCACAGCGGAACCAACAACUUCUAGGCCAGUAACUACAAUAAUUACUGAAGGCCCCACAGAUGAGAGUGGUAGUGGAGAAGAAACAACAAUUGAAUAUACAACAAGGCCAACCACAGCGGAACCAACAACGUCCAGGCCAGUAACUACAAUAAUUACUGAAGGCCCCACAGAUGAGAGUGGUAGUGGGGAAGAAACAACAGUUGAAUAUACAACAAGGCCAACCACAGCGGAAUCAACAACUUCUAGGCCAGUAACUACAAUAAUUACUGAAGGCCCAACCACAGCUGAGCCAACAACCUCGUGUAUUCCAGUCAGUGAAGAACUUUGUGACUACAUUCUAUCUGAUGUAUUUGAAGAAUGCGAAGGGGACACAAGCAGAUUGGAAUAUUACGAUUUAUGCAUUGACCUAUGUGAAGAUGAGUACUGUGAAUUUUUAGAAGGCUUUGCUAAAGACUGUCAAUCUGAGUGUGUGGAGUGGAGAAACCAUGCUUGUCCUGCUGUGUGUCCCUAUGGUUUGGAAUACAUGGAAUGUGGAAACACGUGUAAUAACACGUGCAACAAUAACUGUGAUGGAAGUAUACAACCUGGGUGUUACUGUCCACAUGGCACUUAUGAUAAAAAUGGAAAUUGUUGUCGUGAGUAA